GAUGCCGACGGCUGAUGGCCCGUCCAUACCGCAGUUACCAGUCGCGGUUGCCGGACGGCGACGCACUGCUGGCCGCCGUGGUCACCGUGCAGCGGGCGUUCAGGAGAAUGGUGGUGCGUAACCGGCAGCCGUCGGUGCGGUCGUCUCGCGAAAAGACGGCCGCUUCGCCGUCACCGCCGCCACCGCCGCCGCGGACGACGACGGGACAGAGCUCCAAGGCGGUGGUCACGGCGUUGGAGUCCAAGCAACAGCAUUUCUGCUCGCUGUACACGAUGAUCGGCAAGUGGUGGAAGCGAGAACGGCAGCGGAUCAAGGGCAUCGAGGCGGAACACGCUCGCACGGCUGCGCAGAUGAACCUGCUGAAGAACGAGAUCAAGUUCUUGUUGGAGAUGGAGAAACAGCGGUUGGAGCUCAAGUACGAGUUGAACAAGCACGACGACUUGACGUUCUUGAACAAAACGUCCAAGCCGAGGAUGUUCAAGACACGGGCGGGUAAGCUGCUGACUGUGGACACGGUGGGCAACCAGAAGGCGCGCGUGCUGCGGGACAUCUAUGUGGAGCUGCAGGCGACCGCGGCCGAGGAGCCGGUGUGUGGGCCGGACCGACGGGCCGCGGUGCUGGGGCGAUUGCGCGCGACCGUAGCUGCGUCCGAGUACAAGUACAAAGACGACCUACUGGCCGCGGUGACCAUGGAGACGGAUAUGACGGCGAUGCGGGCGGGCGAGCGCAACGUGCGCGGCGCGCGGUCGCGGAUCGAGCAGCUGUUCCGGCACUUCAUCCGGCAGCCGGACGUGAACCCGGAGACGGACGCGUACUACAGGCCCAGUGAGAGACGUGUGCUGAACGUGUACACGUGCAUCCGGUGCAAGCGCAACCUUGCGGCCACGGACUUCUCGCUGGAGAGCCGCGUGAACCGUACUAACGUGUGCGCCAAUUGCGAGUGGACGGAGCAAGUGGGCCACAAGCGCAUCGACAUGGCCCCGUACCGGCGCAUGCUUAAGGCGUUGCGGCGUGACGAGAUGCAGGUGGCCGCUUACGGGUCCGAGUGCUUCCUAAUGCAGCCCACCGAGGUGUACCGGCUGGUGUCGAUCGUGUGGAAGGAGAGGUCGGCCAUCGGUGACCGCGGCCACCUAAACGGGCUGCGGCUGGUCCGGUGGCGCCAGAACGAGGCUUGGUCCCCGUGGAACUGCGUGCUGCUUACACGGGCCGAGGCCGAGGCUCACUGCCGGCUCGACGGUGACCCGGCCGACUGUUACGACCCGCGGUUCGUCCAGUGGGUGGCCACCAGGCACAUGAUGGCCCGGUUGCAGUUCGCCAACCUGGUGCAGGCUGUCAAAAGCCGAGCGGCGGCCGGUUCGAAGCGCGCGAAACCUUUGUCAAAAAAUUGGAAAUCCGUGGCCGACCGAUUCAACAUCAACACUCGAAGUACCGUCUGAGAAAUGUCCAAGGCCUCUUGUGCUCCGCGGACGCGGGGAACUGCAUUACUUUGCCCUACGACAUGUUACGCCAUCGGUCUACGCCGACACCAAUGCAUCCCAAAAUCUGUUCACCGCUUGUGUUCUCCGGUUCCGGAUAACGAGGACAUUGAUGUAACGGGGUACGUUACUAGGAUUAUUUAAACUUAACUACUUAACGCAAUGCUUGACUUUAGGGGAGGCGCAGGGGCAACGGAGUACCCCAACUAAUUCACAGUAAUUUUAGCGUCCCCCCCUACUAUUAUUACGUUAUAAAGCUUAACAAGUCUUGGGGACGAUAUUUUCUUUAAAGGAAACAGAGUCCCCCUUUUUAAAUUUUGCCAAAUCGAUCACUGAUUAUUCGUCGUACGCGAGCGUAUACCUUAUACUAAGUACUCGUACUGAGGUCUAUGUACGCGAGUAUGGAUCGUUAUAGUCGAUCACUCUGAAUUUAU